GAGAGGAGGCGGAGCUUCGGGAAGGGCGUCCCUAAGCAGCCGGGCCCAGACUUAGUAGCUCCUCCCCGCCUUGUGCAGCGCUGCCUGUGAGGACGUCAGCCAGUAUACUGUAACAGCACAAGCAAGAGUAAGGCAAACAAGCAGAGCCCAACUUGGAACCCCCAACAAAGCCAAAUCCACUCAGGAAUUCAUACGCCAGGGCAUUGCCCAUUAAUCCACCGUGGUUGUCUCCCAGCUGAGAAACAAAACCCAAUUCAGACCCAUUUUUUUUUGGGUUAUAUAUAUAUAUCAUACCCAAUAUCGAAGGAUCUUUGGGCAGUCGAGAGAUUAAAGGCGUGGGUGUUGUUGAAGCUUAAAGUAGUGGCAUUGGAAUGGUGUUUUCCGACGCGCAGUGAUUUGGGGAAAAAAUAAGCCAGUCAUGCGCCACCUCUCCAUUCUCCCUACAAUGCUUCAUGUAUGCUGGGUCACUUUCGAUGUGAAUGAUGAUCGCGCUGCUUGUGACCAAGACUUGGCAUAGAGAUCAUCAAAGAAAGGAGAACAUAGAGGUGCACGGACGGCAUUUAAGAAGGACUUCUUUAUUGUCUUCCCUCCAGCUGAUUUUUGCGUUCGGGCAUUUUAUGCUUUACAUACAUUUUUACAUGCAUCGCAUUUGUCAGCAAUCCAGCUUUGGAGCCUUGCUAAUCCAUGCUUUGGAUCAGCUGACACUUCCGGGUAGUGUGCUUGAAAUGGAGAAACAAAUCAUCAUGACGCCUGCUCAGACCUAAGGUAUCCAUCUUCAGUGCGUAUUGAUCUAGAUCUAUGAAGGUCAUCACUUCAGGAGUUAUGCUGGAUAAUAGAUUAUCACUGAAAACGCAACUGUCCUACCAACCCCUACUGCAUUGAGUUUAGUCAUUUUCCAGUUGACCUGCCUAAUGUUACGCUGAUCAUGGAUCGUAGGAAACAAUUUGACAUGGAGCUGCGUGAGUCUUCUGCAAAGUCUGUCAAAAAUGAUACAGAAGAAGACAAAGCAUCAUCAGGCUUCAGCUGUGUCAUCUGUGGUAAAAGCUUUCCUUUCCAGAGCUCCCUUUCACAGCACAUGCGAAAGCACACCGGUGAAAAGCCAUACAAAUGUCCUUACUGUGAUCACCGGGCUGCUCAGAAAGGUAACUUGAAAAUACACCUAAGGACCCAUAGAAGUAGCACAAUUAACCAUGUAACGGAUGUGGAAAUGGGAGAUUCACACGUUGGAGAACUGGGUGCUUCUGAGGGUAUGGGAGGAUGUGCAAGCCCUACUAAAAGCACAUCAGCUUGCAACAAAAUACUUAAUGGCACCUUACAAAUAGAAGAGGCUGAAGUAGAGGAUGAUGAUAAACUUGGCGACUUCCAGUGCCCGUUUUGCAAGAACAAAUAUGACAGAAAGAAAGAACUUGAUCAACAUCUUUUACAAGUGCACAAACCCUAUAAAUGUAGAUUUUGUAGCUUUAUGACUUUAAGAGAGGAGACUCUGUUAAACCAUAUAGAAAAAGACCAUAUCACUACAGCAGUACCAUUAAACAGAGAUGGUCUGGCAGAGAAUGGCAAGACUGAAAUCAAUUCAGGGGAGUUUCCUUGUGAAGUUUGUGGUCAAGCUUUUGGCCAAGCAUGGUUUCUUAAAGCCCAUAUGAAGAAGCACAGAGGAUCAUUUGAUCAUGGCUGCCAUAUAUGUGGCAGAAGAUUUAAAGAGCCAUGGUUUCUCAAGAACCACAUGAAGUCUCAUGGUCCAAAAACGGGGAACAAAAACAAACCUAAAUCUGACUCUGAGCCAGUAGCCACUAUUAAUGAUGUUGUUCAGGAAGAGAGCAUUAUGACUGGUUUAAGCCUUUAUGAAGUUUGCAUGAAAUGUGGAAACUUGUUUACAAAUAUGGAAAGCCUAAAUGCACACAACUUGGUGCACUGUAAAACUGAAGAAAGCUCUCUUGCAGACACAGUAGAGCAAAACAGCGAAAGCAUUACUGAUGGCACCCCAAAUGCAAUAGUGGCUAAGGAGUUUUUCCUAGACUAUUUUCAUUUAAGACCUUUAAAAGAGGCUAAUAGUCCUUCUGAUACACAACAAGGAAAAAGAAUUCCAGAGCUGGACCCAGUCAAUAGCUACCAAGCAUGGCAAUUGGCUACAAAAGGAAAAGUUGCAGAGCCUUCAGAAUAUGUUAAAUAUCUUGGAUGGGAUGAAGCCAUAACAGAAGCUGAUGUAACUUAUGACAGAGAAAAGGGAGAAUACAACUCUGUUAAUCAGGAGAAGCGAAAACGAGAGACAGACAGUCAAAGUACCAGCAACCCAAAGAAACGCAACUCCACAAGUGGUAGCCGAUCAGAGAAAAGUAUCAAUACACAAUCUGGAGAAAAUAUAGAUGGUUCCAAUGAAUUGGAGUUCAGGCCUCCUUCCCGUCAGAGCAGGCGUUCCUCUCAAAAUAAAUCCACUGAAUGCUUUGAAUGUGGAAAAGUGUUCCGCACUUAUCAUCAAAUGGUGCUUCAUUCCAGGGUGCAUAGAAAAGACCGCAGGAGCCUCAGUGAAAGUGGAUCAGUUUCUCACAAUGAACGAUAUGGUUCAAACAGUGACAUUGACUCUGCUAGCAGGCCCAGUAGCCCAGACUCUGCAUCUGCCCCAGAAGAUUCUCUUGCCACUGGUAUGGGAGAGGAUGCUGCUGAUGACGAUAGUUUUGAAGAAGGUCCGACUCCUUUACAAGGAGUGAAAGCAUACCAUCGUGCAUUUGAGGGCGUUCCCAUGCAGAUGUCAAAAGGAAAUCAUCAACAGAACUUCAGCUCUGAUGAUACCAGCAAAUAUGAAGAGAGUAAAUGUAAUCCAGAGGUGCAGACUCCUACAGCCUUCAUGUCUAAUAAGCAUACUGAUUUUCCUUUUAUCCCUGAUUUGAAAAUACCAGCAUUCAAGUACAACCAAGAUCCCAGUGCUUCUGGAAAGCAUACCCCAAAUAGUAGUACAUCAUUUUCUGUCGGAUAUAGUUCAGAAGUAAUUGUGGAUGCAAAAAAGCUUUUAUCAGCAGAAAAAGGUCAUCCAAAUUUAAUGGCACUUGAUGUGCUGAAGGAACACAGUGGGUCAGAGAAAAGCAGUGGUGGAAAGCAGGACCUUCCAUUGGAUCUUAGUGAAAAAUCCACCAGACAUGAACUUUGUAGUAAAAGUGCUAUUUCUGCAUUGCAGGCAGCGUUGGUCAUUCAUCAGUGUCCAUAUUGCAGUCACAAUACUUACUAUCCUGAGGUCUUGUGGAUGCACAAAAGAAUUUGGCAUAAAGUUAGUUGUAACUCAAUGGCUCCUCAAUGGAUUCAGCAAAAUGGUUUCAAAAAUUUGAAAAAUAAUUUGCUUUUCCAAACUAGAAAUGGGCGUACAGGUCCACCUCCAGCACUUGGUGGUAAAGAAUGCCAGCCUUUACCAAUAGCUAGGUUUUCACGCACUCAGAUGCCAAUUCGGCCUGCAGCAUCAAAAGGAAACACUUCCAAUUUAGGCAAUGUUUCCAAGGCAACAUGUGGAUCUCAGGUUCGUGACAGCUCUCAUGGAUUCAGUGGGUCGAAAAUCACAAACUUUGAAGUCCAGAAGCAACAAAAGGUAGGGGACCAAUUUAGUACAUCAGUACAGCAGCCACUGUUAAAAUCUAGAUAUGAAACCAGUCCAAAAUUGAUACAAGCUGCAAGUUUCAGUAGAAACCUUUCACCUGCUCAAGCAUCGGUAUCAAGGCAAAUACUUCAGCCUACUAGUAGCAAACAAGUGGAAAAAUAUGGGAUGGCUCAAGGUGGACCUAGUACUGCAUCUCCAAAUAAACUAACUAUAUCUGACACAAUUAAAACCAAAUUUCCUCUUCAGCGGCCACCGUACCCAUUUCACAAAGUGGAGCCACAAAUUAAACAGGAGAGUCCUCCAGUGCCUCAAAGGGAAUCUCAGGGCAAGAUUGUCAAUGAAUUAGGGACAGUGUCCAACUGUAGCACAGGCAUGAAGACAAGCCCUUUGUUUCAUACGCAACCAAGUACAGCAGCUGACCCCCAAUCUUUUCAAUCAGUCAAGCAAGAACCAGUAUCGGAAGGCCAUGAAAAACGACUGGACAUUUUAAAUAUCUUUAAGACUUACAUUCCAAAGGAUCUUGCUACUCUCUACCAAAGCUGGGGCGCCAAUGCUAAUAAUUUGGAUAAUGCAGGAAUGCUUAGGACACAAGCACGGCAAGGAGACUAUGUUUGCAAUGAAUGCGGAAAAUGUUUCAGCCAACCGAGCCACUUAAGAACCCAUAUGAGGUCCCAUACAGGGGAGAGACCAUUCCAGUGCAGAUAUUGUCCAUACAGUGCCUCUCAAAAAGGGAACCUAAAAACACACGUACAGUGCGUACAUCGGGUACCGUUUGACAAUAGCGAGUACCCCGACAAACAACUCCUUCAACCUCAAAGUGAUGAUAACAGUUACAUGGACGAUCAGCUGGAAAAUUUGCCUUCAAAUCACCAAGUCCCUGGAGCUGUGGUGUUAAAGUGAAGAAGGAGAAAUAAAAUCCACAAUCAACUUCCCCCCCCAGCUGGGGUUGAUCUUAACCUUCUUAACAUUUUCUUAUUAGACAAGAUGUGAGUGGAAAUGCAUCUGGUCUUCCCUCCCCUCAACGGUUCAGUGUUUGCCGGAUAAUGAACUAUGGCAAAAUUUGAGAUGGAAAAAGACAGUCAAUAGUGAAGCAGAUACUAGUCUCACACACAACAACACACACUGAAGCAAAACAAAAUAUUACAAGUGAAAGCACUGAUAUUAUAUCUACGCUAUGGACUGUAGCCGUAGAAAGUGUACUAAGGAAACAUUCACAACUCUCUGGAUGAAUCUGCCACUGAUUGCCUAAAGUCCGACUGCUCAGUGACGUUACAUAGUGAUAUGCAUUGGUCAGCUCUUAGGACCGCUCCAUGUUUAAAAUGGUCUCUUUUUUUUUUUUUUUUUAAUGAUCAAACAAUGCUUCACACAUUGCUGCGCUGUUUUCGGGACACAGAUGAGCUCAAUGACACUGCUUACAUUAUGCUACAGGAACACUAAAAACACACAAAAAAAUGCUUCUCCAUUUUACUCUCAGGACCUUUUUGUAAUAGGGCUACUUUCUUAAACCUGCUUACAGAAAUUAUGCAAUUUUGUUUUGCUUUGUAAUAACCUAACCACACACAUCAGCUGCCGAUUUGACGUACUGUACUAGAUACAAAAUAGUUGCUGUGCAUGAUGGAGCAGGGACCCCGUGAUCUCCUCGCCCCGCUGCAGAACCACCCUUCUCAAUGCCGGCACCUUGAGAGAGGUCUUAAUAUUUUUAUUUCCAGGUUAUGGCAUGGUAACAGAAUUUCUUAACUACUUCAUCUCUUAUAUUUUGGUGGCAUUCAGGUUGUGGGAGAGAGGGGGAAAAAGAUUUUUUUUUAAAAAUCUAUAUAUAAAUAUAUAUAUAUAUAAAAGUAAGUAUAUACCUCUUUUGCAGAAUAUUUUUAUGGUGAGGUGGUGGUGAGUAAUUAGAUGAGAAAUCAAGCAGUGUACUCAAUUAUAACCCCAUAUACUGUAGCAGACGGGCUUGACCUGUGCUGCACAGACGGGGGGAUACAUAUGUAUUCCAUAGAUCUAAAUGUUUCUAUCCUUUAUUGCGGUGACACUGUGUGGCACAGCAAUGCCUCUGAGAGUCUCAAAUUUUGCACAUAUGAUUUUAUGCAUUAUCAACCAAGUUACUGCUGCCUUGAAAGAAAAAAUGUUCUGUGGAAAAAAAAAAAUUGCAAAAAAGCUUUACUAGUGUUUUUUUAAUUGUAACCUUUUGUAAAGGCAGGAAAUGGGUAUAUAAAUCCUAGCAUGCUAAAUAUAUUUUUCAAAAAAAAAAAAAAAAGCAAUAAUUUUACAUGUACAGAUAUGAAUCUAACCUUUAAUACUGGUGAGAGCAACAGUUUACUUUGUAUUAUAAAAAAAAAACACAUUUGCUUGGGUUUUGUAGUAUGCAAAUACAGAAGAUGGGGGCGGGGGGGAUUUUGUUUUUAACAUUUUUAUUUUUAACUUAGUUAUUGAUUUAUUUUUUAUCCUUCUAUUAAAUUUAGAUUUUAUUCACUCAUACCAGAGACUUAAGUUUAGUCCUUUUUUCUAUAUAAAGCAUUUUAUUUUAGGCAUUAAGAUUCAUGGUGCUGGCCUGGAAACUAGAAUGCUUGACGGGGAUAUUGAAGUCUUUUCUGGGGGUAUGGUAUAUAAGCAAAAGAAUUUCUCGUCUUCGAGUUAUACCCAAAAAUAAAUUAGGCUUAUUUAGCUGUUAAAUAUAGUUCUGUGGCCGACCAUUAUUUUUAAAGGCAAAGCAGCCAGGCUUAAAUUAAUUACAACAAGAGAACAGAGUAGCCAAAUUCUAGUUCAUACACUGCAGCCAUAAGACUUUUUAGGAGAUACCUCUGGAGGAGCACAAUCUGGACAAGCCAAAUAUAAGCAGAUGCAAAUCUCUUUGCAACAUGGAGAUUAGAUUAUCCAUUUUAUUCAUUUGCGUUGUUCAUUGCCAUUCGACAGAUUCAAGUACGAGAGACAAGAGAAGAUACCAUGUCCUUGUCAGUAUAUAACUGCCUCUGUUACCCAACACCUCUAGUAUCACAAAUGACACCUGAGAAUCAUCUCCAAAAACCCAAAUGGCCGCCCAGACCAUUUCUGCAUUCUUCAAGUUUUCGAUAUAAAUCAUCUGCAGCACUGGAUGGAGAAAUCCAAAUAGAAAUGAGAAAUGACUACAUUUAAACUAUAUAGACUUAUCUUUAUUUUGCGUAGAAUUUUAUUAAUUUUUUCGUAUUAAAUAUUGAAGGUGCACAGCCUGCUGAUAAGAAGCAAAUACCAGGCCUACCCAAAGGAGAUGCUGUACAGCAACAACUAGAGGCCUGAUGCCCCCUGAUCUAUUUUUAAAUUCAAGUAUUUUGAGAUGAAGAAUAUUUUUUAUUAGCCACCAUAUUGUCCUUUGUUCUAAAAAAUGACCGCAGUGAAAACCGGCACAGCAGCUCGUCUACUUAAACCUGUUUCAGACCUUUCCGGACAUUGAUUCACCACAUUUUAUUAAAGCAGAGAAUGCAACCGUUGUGAAUUCCUUGUAUUGGGCUCCUGAUUUUACUUGGCAUAGUCUUAGACAACAUCUGACAGGAAGCAAGACUGUCAGUGAGGUUACGUGGGUAUUAAUCAGAGAAGUUUACAAUGCGGAUGUUUCUUUAUAGAGAACGGUAGGGGGAAAUUAUUAUUGCAGAUAAUUAUAUGCUGUGUACAGUGCAGAAAUAAGAUAUUCACUUAAUUGAACAAGCAUAAAAAGUAAAUCCACACGGAUCCUAACAAAUGUUUUUUUUUAUUUUUACAUCACCCCUUUUUUCUUUCUUUUUAGUGUGUAGCUUUGUGUUCUUUCUAUUUUUUUUUUAUCAUCAGUAUUGUGUUGAUUUGUUAAUGUAGAAAUCAGCUAGGCUAUAGUAUUUAAAAUGAUUUUUUGUUUGUUAUUUAUUUAGUCGACCUGUUUUGAUCAGCUUUUAAAUAAAUGACUUUUAGCCUGACACACUCCUGUUAACCAUCUGUGGACUGUUACAUCAUUUUUUCCUACUACCUCUACCAAUCUACUGUUUCUCACUCUUUAACAGGUUAUUUUUUACAGCGCGCUAAUGUAAUUUACACAAUAAAGGGUUUGAUUGUUUACA